UUGGGUGUAGGCGGCGUGUCUAUCUCUUUUACGCAAGCUAACUGCGCGGCUCGCUGAUUGGCUGGGUGGCAGAGGCGGGAAGUGUGAGAAGAUCCGGAGCGCUGAGCUGGUCAUAUGAAGCUAUGUCUGCAGGUCAGACUGGAGACACGGUAAAGCCUGGGCAGGUAGGAUCAAGUGGAAAUGGACCUUCAUCCUUUGGACAGCACAAGUACACAGCGGAGGAGUACCAGGCUAUCCAGAAUGCUCUGCGGCAGAAGCUGGGACCAGAGUAUAUCAGCAGCAGACAAGCAGGAGGCGGACAGAAGGUCUGUUAUAUUGAAGGGCACAGAGUAAUCAGCUUGGCGAAUGAGAUGUUUGGGUACAAUGGCUGGUCGCACUCCAUUACUCAGCAGAAUGUGGAUUUUGUGGACCUGAGUAAUGGAAAGUUCUAUGUUGGAGUGUGUGCGUUUGUCAAAGUCCAGCUGAAGGACGGCUCCUUCCAUGAAGAUGUUGGCUAUGGUGUUAGCGAAGGACUGAAAUCUAAGGCAUUAUCCUUGGAAAAGGCUCGCAAGGAGGCAGUCACUGAUGGAUUAAAGAGAGCACUCAAGUGUUUUGGAAACUCUCUUGGCAACUGCAUCAUGGACAAAAAUUAUCUCAGAGCCGUCAACAAGCUGCCCAAAUUGCCUCUUCCAGAUCUUGAUGGGGCACAAACAAAGCGGCAGGACUUUGAUGCUUGCCUGGAAAAGGCUCGAUAUAACAGUCUGUUACAGCAGCAGAAAGACAUAGACCAAAAUCGUCCAGAAAUGACUGAGCUACAGAUGACAUCAUGUGAACAGUCUCCUCCCAAAUUGCACCAAGAGGACAGUAAAAAGACUAACCCGAGACCCAGCGUCUGUGGCUCUAGCUCCAGUUUUGGCUCAUCCCUUUCAGUUCUUCAGCCAGAGAUGGAUGCCACCCAUCAACGCAAAUUGCGGCAAAAGCAGCUGCAGCAGAGAUUUCGUGAAGAAAUGGAGAAGAAACAGAACCAGAGUGCUUCAACAUGUCUAGAUGUAGGACACACAGGAGCAUCGAGUGCUACCAAACUCCCUCCCUUGGAUCACAGCACUCCCACAGUUGGAGGAUCUGCACAGAUUAUGGCAGCCUUGGAAAAUGAAUACCUGGCAGAUGAUCCUGAGCUCUGGGAUAUUCCACUGGAUGCUGUAGGAGUGGAAAAUGUCUCCAAUGGUAGCGUCCAGUCUGCUCUGACCCUAGCCACACCCCUUGGGCAUCAUCAGAUGACGACACGCAGCAAGACUCCUCAGCGCCCAGCCAACCAGCGCCAGCCAAUGCGACAGACCUCGUGGAAUCAAUCGCACGGAAACCUGACCGCAGAGCAAAGAGCAGAUAAAAGCCCUUAUGGACUGAACCACACUGGUCUUGUCAUGAAAAAGAGGAGACUGGACCCAUCUUGAUCCAGACCUUCAUUGCCCAUCCUUCAUCCUCCUCAAAGCCUUGGACUCCUCUGUAAAAUGCUGUAUUAUGGCCUGCUCAUCGUAAGCACGUUUAUCAAAAUGUUUCAUGCACAAGUGCAUUUCUUUUAUUCAGCCAACCAGGACAGUUUUAUAAUAAUUAUAUCUAUAUUAUUCAUUUAAUGUCCAAUAAAACAUUUUAUUCUUUUUUUUAUC